GCCCAUGGCGGGGGACGGCUGGGUGCUGGGAGCCGACAGGCGUGGGCUGGGCGACCUCGCGUACGGCCGGGCGGGGAGGGCCCAGGGCCGGGAGGCGGGGCAGAAGGAGACUGGCUCUGCUCCUCUGAACCGCCCCGCACUCCCAUCCCGCGCCCGGCGCCCGGCUGCGUGCCUUUCAGCGUGCCUGCUUCCCCGCCUUCUCUGCUGGCGUUCCCGAGUCCAGUGGUCAUCCCGGCCCGGGGUCCGGGCCUGGGUUCCGCCCUGCAGGCUCCCGGGGGAGAGAAGGAUACGCUCUGCCGGGGCCGCGGGCUCCUGGGAGCCCUGGCUCUGGAGGAAGGAUGCCAAUUCUGCGCUGCUCAGUAACUAUGAGGUGUUCCAGUUACUAACUGAUCUGAAAGAACAGCGUAAAGAGAGUGGAAAGAAUAAACACAGUACUGGACAACAGAACUUGAAUACUAUCACCUAUGAAACAUUAAAAUACAUAUCAAAAACACCAUGCAGUCAUCAGAGUCCUGAGAUUGUCAGGGAAUUUCUCACAGCAAUGAAAAGCCACAAGUUGACCAAAGCUGAAAAACUUCAGCUGCUGAAUCACAGGCCUAUGACUGCUGUUGAGAUCCAGCUGAUGGUGGAAGAGAGUGAAGAACGGCUCACAGAGGAGCAGAUCGAAGCGCUCCUCCACACGGUCACAAGCAUUCUGCCUGCAGGGCCAGAGGCUGAGCAGAAGAAAACUACCGGCUGUGACGUGACAAUGGAUGAAGAGGACCCGGCAUAGAAGAGCACAACUGGGCCAAGCAUCUCAUGAAGUUGAAAGGCCAGCAGCUGUUUUUCAGACAUAGAGGACUGUUUGUUUAGUUUUACCCUCUAUCCCAACCUACCUGAUUUCAUGGUUAGUUAUUAGUGAGUUGGGUAAAUCACAAAAGUAAGCCUUUCUCAAAAAUAAGCUGAAGAGAGAAAUAUCUUUGCAUCCAGGAGAGGAAACAUGAAGACAGGCUGAGGUUGUCAGGGCAGAGAGCUAAAGAAAGGAGGGCCUAGUCCAGGGGUGGGCAAACUUUUUGACUCGAGUUCCACAAUGGGUUCUUAAACUGGACCGGAAGGCCGGAACAAAAGCAUGGAGGGAGUGUUUGUGUGAACUAAUAUAAAUUCAAAGUAAACAUCAUUACAUAAGAGGGUAUGGUCUUUUUUUUUUUUAGUUUUAUUCAUUUCAAACGGGCCGGAUCCGGCCCGCGGGCUGUAGUUUGCCCACAGCUGGACCCUAGUCAAAGAGGACAAUGACUGGGGAACCCUCUGUGGGAAAAAUAAUUCUUUUGUGGCCUUUGCCACGUUUGUGGGAAAGUCCUUUAUAUGCCGCUAGUACAAUACUUGCGUUGCCUUUGUGGGCUGUCCCACAAAUUAGCUUCAUCUACUUCCUCAGGGACUUCCCAAGCAGGGGCGCAGAGUGCUGUUGUAAUGAGAACUGAGUUAGCAGAGUCCAGUUAGAUGGCUAAUCACUCCUAGACCAACUCUAGGUUAAAGUGAGCUGCUGAACUUGGCUCACCUUAGAGCAGCGGUUCUCAACCUGUGGGUCGUGACCCCUUUGGGGGUUGAACGACCCUUUCACAGGGGUCACCUAAGACCUUCGGAAAACACAUAUAUAAUUACAUACUGUUUUUGUGAUUAAUCACUAUGCUUUAAUUGUGUUCAAUUUGUAACAAUGAAAUUGGGGGUCACCACAACAUGAGGAACUGUAUUAAAGGGUCGCAGCAUUAGGAAGGUUGAGAACCACUGCCUUAGAGGAAUCUUUUCCUCAAGAACGGCAGAGAUAAAAAAAGAACAGGUCUGCCAACCCUUCAUCAGGUCUAAAGGCCCUUUUCCUCUAUGGCGUGGGCUUUGUUUACCAGCCCACUAUUUAGUCUUAAAUGUUCAGGCACAGCUCAUUCCAACUGAAAAGGCACUUCAAACUGAUUGACUGGCAACAAAUGCAGUGUUGGUUGCCUUUCUGACUGCCCUGGGCAGGUGCCACCUUGGAGACCAGGUGAGCUUCAUUUGCACAACAGGCAAAUUAUUUGCAUCUUUAAAAAGGGUACAGUUAUGCACUCUUUUCAUAGAAUAUGUAAGAAAUAGAGGUUGAUUAAUGAGAAUUUGAAUUUAUUGGCUAUUGCAGGGUUUCAGUUUUUAAAUUUUUAAAAUAUUUUGAUAAUUAUGUGAAGAGCUUGUUAAUAAUAUUCAAGCAUUAGAGAGUUUAGUAGCUCCCAGAUAUGUGAUUGCUUUUGGUCCUAGGGAUAUUGAAAGCAAAUCUAAUUUCCCAUAUUUAUUCUUCUCCCUAUUUGGGGAAGAAAAUAGCCAUAGACAUUAAUUUUCCAAAUUGGCACUCAUUUGUUGUAAGAUUACAUAUUUUCAAUGCUGCUGUUAAUUGGGUUACUUCCCAUUCCCUGUGAUUUCUAGGUUUUUAUUUUCUUUACCUCCUUCCCUCUCCCAGUUAUAAUAGUGUCAGUCUUAAUCUUAUCGUCUAAGGAUCAGGGAGAUCUGCUUACAGGCAACAUUAAAUGAACAGGACAUUUAUUUUUAAAUCUUUCUUGAGUAUUGGGAAUUUUACCAGGGGCUAUUUUUGUUAGUCAAGGCAUACAUGUGCUUAUGUAUUGUUUCAUCUUAACCAUGAGUGUGUUAGAUUCUUUUGCUUGAUGGAUUUAAGGCUUAAUCCACUUAAUAAUAAAUUGUUUCCAGGUGACUGCCAA